CGUUUUAUUACCUUUCAUGAUGAUUUGAUGACAAUGGAGAUGGUGAGGAAUUCAGGUGGACGACUCAUCGGGAGAUGCAGGUGUUUGAUAACAACAACGCACAGUUAUCAUUUUAGCACUCGAGAGCACGUCUGUGAUAGGCCGACAUUUUGGCGUGGACUGUGAGAUCCAGCAAGAAUGAGGCGAAUGCAAUCGGGGAAAGUGUUGCGGCUAUCGCCACCCAGUGCUGUGUUCUCUUAUCAAUAACUUAUCACAUUUUUACUGUGAACAAGAUUUCUACAUAUUCUUGGUUCUUUCGGUAAAGUCACGUUGAAGGGAAACAAUAAAAUAUAUAUAAAACAAUAAAAUUCUCGCGACGUUUCGACUGCAACACAAGGCUGUAACCCUCGUGAAUAGAGAAGGUUUACUAUAUUGGCAUAGUCACUCUGGUUUGUCAGUGCGUCGUCAACCGCGAGCCGGUGGGGAGUGUCAGGGAAAGCUGUCCCAGGUAGUCCAGGAAGCCGGUAACAUGACUUCUAUGAUUUCAUGGGUGCCACACAUUUCUAUUUACAGCGAUGUUCAAUGUACUGCUGGAUCACGGCUUUCCUACUAGAGCUCCUUCUACUGGAGGCCCCUUCCACCAACAGUGACGACCAGGACCCCCCGGUGGUGGAGAGUCGAUCUGCACGAUCGUCGCCGGCGCAUGGAGCCACCGGCUCACCGGCUACUCCCAGAACGCGUGCGGGAAGGGCAGGUGGUGCACAGCGACACGUGAUACGUGUGCAGUGGAUUCCUAAAUAUCAGCCUCUUGUCUCCACUUACACAUGCGCAGCUGGGGUCUGCACCCAGCUGUGGCGCGGCGAGUGUGGUGGGAACUCAACACCAGCGGCGCCAUUCGCCUACCUGGAACUGCGCGCAGGUCCUGGCGCUCCCCGGGGCAGCUGGCAUGGCUACAAUGCAACACGAACUCGCAGGGAAGAAACAGAUUCGUAUGUGGACGUCUCCGAUUCCAAACAGUAUUCCUCUUCUGUGAAGAUGUGGACGACGGACUUGUCCCAGACCCCCAUUCUCCACCGAGGACCACACGCGCUGCACACGAGCCACGUGUCGAGUGAACCCCAGCAGCGACGUCUCGAUGUUCCUGCCUGCCCACUGAAUGACACCUAGCAGCGCAACAACACUGGAUUAGAGUUGCAGUGCACAGUAGUGCAGAGGCGGGUCUAUAAACUUCGUAACGGGAGAGACGGUAGCGCCGACAUUUUAAGCUGCUUAAAACACGUCUUACUGGUAAAUAUCAAUAAAAGAUUAUUUGGGUCUUUUGGGAAAGCCACGUAGAAAGAAGAAAUAACACUAGAAAAUCAAUUUUGGCGUCUCAAGGGGGAUGCGAUCGCCCCCAUCGCCUCACCCUUGGAUGGAACCCGCACUAAUGGCGUGAUCACAAAGGUGUACAGCAAGCGCCGGGCAUCUUAAAAGUGUUGAGCAGCCAGUCUAUGCAGACGUGGGCUCUCCCAUGUUCUCUGGAGCAGGGCUCGGUGCAGCCGCACGUGACCCUUGCGUCAUUCCGGUUCCUUCAGAGGCUUGUCCACCUGAACCACUUGACUGGAGAGAUUGAGAUGGGGAAGCCGGGAGCAUCUGUUUUAGUAAAGGAGACGGUAUCCAACACAGUCCCUUCACGUUUGUACCGUGAUUGCUACUUUAAAGAAAGUCUCAUGGUUUAAAAAUGGAAGAUGUUGCUCACGCACUAUUCUCUCUGUUUUGUGUGGAAGAGGAUGAUGACGGCCCAAGAUAUCUGUUUUUGAAAGAUGUUACAUCCAGGUGCUCCAGCAUUAACUAACAUUAUUUAGAACUGAUUUAAGUACUUAUUAGCAUGGUUGGAUAUGUAUGGUACGAAAGACGUUCCACAUACGUCCAGCAACCUGCUGUGUCAGGAUAUUUCUUCAAAUUCAGCCUAAAAAGUCAAUAGUGCACACUUUCAAUUGAGUAUUAAUUGAGAAUUAUGAAUGUGGAUUAUGUGAUAACCUAUGGUUUGCAUGUUGAAAGUUUUGUGCAACCCCGUAGUGAAUUUGAGUGAUUUUGAAUAAGGCUAGUCCUUAAAGGCAACACAAUUUUGUAUAAAAUUGUAUUUCAUC